AUGACUGGAAGACUUGUGCUGGGGCUCCUGAUCAUCUGUGUUGCAGCAAUUGCUGCACGCAAGUCUGAGAACAGGAGAAAGGCUGUUUGUGCUGAUCGAAUGAUCUGGACAUGCACAACAAAUUUGCACCCUGUGUGUGGAAGCGACGGACAGAGUUAUGACAAUGAGUGUCUCCUCUGCAAGGAGAUGCAUGAAUCCUACAAGGACAUCUUGGUUGCCAAACCGGGACACUGCUGA